UAAGUGGAUUUAAAACUUUUGAGUCACUGAAAAAAAGUUGGAGAAAAGUGAUAAAAACACUCCUAAUUGCCUUUUGCUGGGACUUUUUGGCCUUGAAAAAAAAAAAAGUAGUACUCUACAGAUCUCUUUUGAUUCUGCCAUCCUGGCCACUCUAGUAUUGGAGUUUUAGGCAGGGGUUUAGAUUGCGGUGAUCUUAUACUAUUACCUUGCGAUAGCAAAAAUUAUCUGUAAGGAAAAAAUGGAGAUAACUAAUGUCACUGAAUAUGAGGCCAUUGCAAAAGAGAAGUUACCCAAGAUGGUUUAUGACUACUAUGCAUCAGGUGCAGAGGACCAGUGGACUCUCAAGGAGAAUCGAAAUGCAUUUUCUAGGAUUUUGUUUCGACCCCGCAUUCUUAUUGAUGUUAGCAAGAUUGACAUGACCACCACUGUCCUGGGAUUCAAGAUUUCAAUGCCUAUCAUGAUUGCUCCGACUGCUAUGCAGAAAAUGGCUCACCCUGAAGGAGAAUACGCGACAGCCCGAGCAGCUUCAGCUGCAGGAACAAUUAUGACACUAUCCUCGUGGGCUACUUCCAGCGUUGAGGAUGUUGCUUCAACGGGACCUGGCAUUCGCUUUUUCCAACUCUAUGUAUACAAAGACAGGAAUGUGGUUGCACAGCUUGUGAGAAGAGCCGAAAGGGCUGGUUUCAAGGCGAUUGCCCUUACGGUGGACACUCCAAGACUUGGCCGCAGGGAAGCUGAUAUCAAGAACAGAUUUACUUUGCCACCAUUUCUGACUUUGAAAAACUUUGAGGGUUUAAACCUUGGCAAAAUGGAUAAGACCGAUGAUUCUGGACUAGCUUCUUAUGUUGCUGGCCAAAUUGAUAGGUCACUUAGCUGGAAAGAUGUAAAGUGGCUUCAGACGAUAACAUCGUUGCCUAUUCUAGUUAAGGGUGUUCUUACUGCUGAGGAUGCAAGGCUAGCCAUACAAGCUGGAGCAGCAGGAAUCAUUGUAUCCAAUCAUGGCGCUCGCCAGCUUGAUUAUGUACCUGCAACUAUUAUGGCUUUGGAAGAGGUUGUUAAAGCUGCACAAGGCAGAGUUCCUGUUUUUCUUGAUGGAGGGGUUCGGCGUGGAACCGAUGUCUUCAAGGCAUUGGCUCUGGGUGCAUCGGGAAUAUUUAUUGGAAGGCCAGUAGUGUUUUCAUUGGCUGCGGAAGGGGAAGCUGGUGUUAGGAAAGUGCUUCAGAUGCUACGCGAUGAAUUUGAGCUGACUAUGGCAUUAAGUGGUUGCCGCUCACUAAAGGAGAUCACACGAAACCACAUUGUUGCCGAUUGGGACCAACCUCGUGUUGUACCCAGGUUGUAAAGGUGAUGAUGGCUUCUUUCAUUAAAAUAAACUUAGUGCUUGAUUUGAUACAAGUGCCAAGAAUUUAGCUUAUGUGUUGACAAUAGAAGGCAUUCAUUUUAUCAGUAUAUCUGCUCCUUUUUCUUGCUUCAAAUUAAUGUUGAUAUGAUAUUAUUAGCCUGAAUAGAAUGGAAACCAAUAUCAGCCAAUCCAAGAAGUGUUGCUGUAUGUGUUAAAAUCAAA